AUGUCGAAAAGAGUUGCACAGGCUCAGGGCGGGAAGGAUCUCGCAGGGGGUUUCGGGAACGAGAUGUCUGCGAAUCCAACUGAUAUACCCAAGCGGGCUACGGCCGCGCAGUUGGCCAGUAAAAAGUUUCGCAAAUUGGCCGGGCUGUUCCGAAUCAAACAGGCUCGACAGCGUACUCGCAUAGCCUCACCUAGCCUUCCAUCUUCUACACCCCAAUCAUUUACCAGCCCUUUUAGCACUAUCGACCCGAAUAUCGUUCCUCCUAGCUCCUCGACCGGGACAAACGGCUUCAACUUUGGCCAAACUCAGAGCUUCCCUCAGCCGGGUUCGGGCACAGGUACAACCCCGCAGACCUCUUUCUUUGGCGACCAAAAUAACUCCGUGCCCAAGUUAUUUGGUAGCCAGACAGGUUCUGCACCCUCUUCGUUCAGCUUCACUCCAUCAACGACUCAAGAAAUAAAGAAUCCCUUCGCUGAUAUGCCCUCUGGGUUUGGUCAGAGCCAGUCUUCAACGGGAGUCUUCCAGGGUUUCCAGGGUAAAACUUUCAAUAUUCCGGGGACUACAAGCCAAGGUGACCAGAAUGAAGCUGGUCAGCAAGCUCCAUCUGCUGGGAUAUUUGGGGCCUCUCAGCCGCCACAGCAGACCCUUUUCGCAUUUGGAGGCAGUUCUGCGCCUGCAAGUUCUUCACUCUUUUCGGCUACACCUCCUGCUUCCACGCCACCAAUAACAUCCCCUCUUUUCAGCCAGUCGACUGCGAGUAGCCUUUUUGCGCCAUCAACGCCAUCCACAAAUAUGUUUGGUGCUAGUCCUCAAACUAAUAAACCGAGUGACGAGAUGCAAAUGUCACCCCCUGGCAAAACUGACGGCAUCCAUGAAAAUAAGGCUAGCCAAUUCUUUGCUUCUGGCGUUUCGCAGCCAUCAUUCACUUCCUCAGCGACCCAGCGGUCUCCCUUUGGGACACCCGCUCCCCCAUCUACUUCCCAACCAUUUUCUUCGCCUAUUUUCAACACGACUCCAUCCGGUGGAAGCAUGCUCUUUGGAACCAUGAAAAAACCCGAUGAGACUUCGCAACCUGCCACAUCGUCGAUUACUCAACAGUCUCCCAAAUUUUCGUUUACCCCUUCUAUUAUGUCCGGUAGCUCGAUAUUCAGUCAGCCCAGCAAACCUGAUAACGACACACCAAACACAGUAACUGCAACUGUUUCAACGCCGUCGUUUUCCACUUCUUUCUCGGCUCCCGCACCUGCUCCUUUCAGCCUUUUCGGCACCUCCUCGCAGCCGAAAGAGUUGCCAGCACCAUCUACAACCGAAGAUAGACCCCUGUCGGCUAAAUCUCCGUCCGCGGAACCUACCAAACCUACAACUGUUACUGGGACUUCAGUUUUUGGUCACAUCGCGAAGCCCACGGAACAGCCCCCUGCAAUAUCUGCAUCUGCAGCAGAAGAUGAGAAAUCUUCAGCAGAGGCUCCAUCACCGGCACAACCCGCCACUCCAUCUGCCACUCCUUUUCCGUCUACACCUAGCGGCGGUGGUUCAUUAUUUGGCCGUACUAACAAACCCGGCGAAACCAGCCAACCCACAUCGAUUUUCAACACUCCAGCUACUAGCACGACUCCCAGUGGCCCCGUCUUCUCAUUUACCCCCUCAUCGACUAAUAUCUUCCAGACUCCAUCGAAAAUCCCUUCGGCCAUUUCCAAUGAAGUGAAAACAAAUGAAAGCGGCCCGUUUCAAACAAAGGCCACGGGUGACACGGCACCAAGCGGUACCAGCAAGCUGUUUACGUCUUUGUCUCAAAGCCAACAACCACCCAGUAAUUCGUUUGGAUCCACUCCAGCAUCGUCUCCAUUUAAAAGCACAGUUGUCCCGGAAAAGACUCCAUCAACCCCUCCUGCGAUUUCCACUUCCCUUCCUGGAAAAUCUACUCCAACCACGACUCCAAAAUCUUCCUUCGCUGGAAUUUCGAAUGGCGAAGGCGGACUCUCCAAGUCUACUGACACACCUCCAGCGAAAGUAGAGUCGGUUAUGAAGAGGAAAGAACCUUUAACUUCUAAAUCCCGACUCGCCUCAUACGGCCCACCAGCGAUCCCACAAGAACUCAACAAUGAUGAACGAGUAGCAUUCGACACCGAAUGGCGGUUGAACGCACUGAAUACUUCUUUCCAGAGACGUGUCGCAGAGGCGGAUCCCAAGUCUGACGAUAUUGAAGUCUUGGUAGAAUUCUACGUAAGAGUACGGGAAAAUAUCGGCGUCCCGACGGGAUUAGCUAUCCUUCACAAAUCAGGAAGGAAGUGGAAAGAAGUCGAAGAAGUUGGAUGCGUUGUGGAAGAUUCCUCACGGAAUAAACGGGCUAAGGGUUGCCUCCCAGAAACGAACACCACGUCGUUAUUUUCAUCACCCGCUGCUGUAGAUGCCAGCAACUCUUCUGGCGAUAAAUCUGCAAGUGCAAGUGUAAAUUUUUCUUCAACUGCUUCUUCCUUCGGAAAACGCAGGAUGACUGACGUUGAAGACGAGACUAGCAGCCGUGGCGAACUUGGAAAUAGCAAUGGCAAAAAACUCAAACCCAUUGGCGAUUCAGCCACCAGUGCAAGUCCACUUCAAAAAUCCAGUACUGACACAGAGCAGAAGAAGAGGAAGAAUGACAGUGAAGGUACUGGUUCUGGUUCCGGUAUAAGUGCAGCGUCCGAUACAGUAACGAUGUUUGCCACGUCAUUCGUGUCCCAAUCAAACAGAGCAAAGAGUCCUGUGAGGUUCACAGCUCCGUUUUCAUCUCUCUCCUCAACGCAGAACGGUACUGAGGGUCCCAGCACUGUAUCUCUUUCAUCGCAGGGCUCGGAGAGCGAGAACGACACUGAAAGUAAUGAUUCAGCAGAGGAAGAUGGUGGAGAAGGCGAAGGGGAAGGGGAAUCUGAGACUUCCCUGACACCCCCGGCUACGAGCAAUGGUGGGCGCAGUCUAUUUGACAGAGUAGAGCUAGAUCAGAGUGGCAAGCCAGUACGUCAGGAGGUACCGGAAAUAGAGACAGUCGCGACGCCCAGCUCCGGAGAGAAAGAUUUGAACUCGAACGUUUCAUCAUUAUUCGCUGGGUCUAAAUUUGCUUCAUCAUUUAAUUCACCAGGAUCCAUCGGUACCCCACAAUUCUCAAAUGGAUUUGAUUUCAGAUCCCCUAGGUCUCUAUCUCCAAUAAAUCCUAGCCCGGGAGCUUCAGAUGCGAAAUCGCCACCAGCCAUAUCUGCCAGUAGCACAAGUACAUCGGCACCCACCACUUCGGCUAUUCCCGCUACCACCUCCGCCCUCUUCCCAAAGGCCACUAGCUCUCUCCUUCCCAACGGCAGCGCUCAACUCUCCCCCUUCCCUUUGUCCUCUGUCACAUCCGCCGACGUCAGCCGUGCCACAACCCCUAACCUCUCCGAAGCCGGAGCCGAUGAACCCGAAGAAGCCGCUGAGGACCUCCCGCAAGUCAACCUGCUCCGCGGCGGUACAGGGGAAGAGGACGAAGACGAAGUCUUCGAAACCCGAGUCAAAGCCCUGAAGUUGGGCGUGGACCCUGCGUCUGAGGAUCCAAAACCAAAACUGCAAUGGAUACUGCAAGGGGUGGGACUGUUGCGGAUCCUGAAGCACAAGACAACGGGGCGAGCGCGUAUUUUGGUACGGGCGGAUCCGAGCGGGAGGGUCCUGCUCAAUGCCAAUCUUGUCGCGGCGGUUAGUUAUAAGAGUACUGGUAGCGCUGUGCAGUUUCUGGUACCGCAGGAGCCGAAGCCCGAGCAGUGGAUUGCGAGGGUUAAGAAGGAGGAGAUUGCGGUGGAGCUUGCUGGGGUUAUGGAGAAGUAUAAGAAGUUGGCUUAUCGGUUACACAAGGUUCAUACUUUUACUGGGGUUAGAAGCGAAACGAGAAAGAUGAUAUCGUUUGGUAUGAUAUGA